AUGGCUGAGAAUAUCCUGAGUGUUGUUGCUGAGGAAAUAGUAGGCAAGCUGAUUUCACUUGCUACUGAGCAGAUCAGCCUCUCUUGGGGCUUCAAGGAGGAUCUGAAACGGCUUCGUGAUUCGUUGACCACGAUUCAAGCUGUGCUGGCUGAUGCAGAGAGAAGGCAAGCGAGGGAAGAGCAAGUUAGGCUUUGGCUGCGGAGGCUUAAAGACGUUUCUUAUGAUGCUGAUGAUGUGCUGGAUGACCUUGCUUAUGAGAUUCUCCGGAGAAAGGUAGAGAUCCAAAACCAAAUGAAGAGAAAGGUAAGCUACUUCUUUUCAUUUUCAAACCCCAUGGCAUUCCAUUUCAAGAUGGCUAACAAUGUUAAGAAUAUUCAUGAAUCGCUAAACAUGAUUAUUGAUGAGGCAAAUAAAUAUGAAUUUACUAGAGCGGGACCAAUAAAUGCAAAUCCUGAGAUGAUCCCAAACCGAGAGCGAGAGACAGACUCCUCUCUUGAUCCUUCAGAAGUUGUAGGAAGGGAACAUGAUGCCUCAAAAAUAGUAAAGUUGUUGCUUAAUGAAGUCAAACAACAACUCUCGGUCAUUCCAAUUGUAGGAAUGGCGGGUUUGGGAAAGACAACUUUAGCAAAACUGGUGUAUAAUAAUGAGUUAUUACAAGAACAUUUUGAUGAAAAAAUAUGGGUAUGUGUCUCUGAUAAUUUCAGUAAUAAAAGGAUCUUGAGCCAAAUUCUUGAAUCUCUUACCCAUAGCUCAAGUAUCUUAGAGAAUAAGAAUGCAAUAUAUGAAAGCCUUAAAAAAGAGUUAAAAGGUAAAAGAUAUCUUCUCGUACUUGAUGAUGUAUGGAAUGAAGAUUCUCAUGAAUGGGAUACUUUAAAGGAGAGUUUAUUAGGAAUUAAUCCAAAUAUUGGAAAUAAUAUUAUUGUAACAACUCGUAGUAACAAAGUAGCAGAAAUCAUGAGAACACUUCCCAAACAUAACAUGGAAAACUUAUUAGACAAAGAAUGUUGGGAAAUAAUCAAGAAUAGAGUAUCUACAAAAGAAAGAAUUCCAUUAACACAAGAAUUGGAGGAUAUUGGAAGGGAGAUUGCUAAAAGAUGUCAUGGGAUUCCAUUAGUUGCAAAGGUUAUAGGAGGCUCGAUGUCUUGGAAGAUUGAGGAAAGUGAAUGGUUGAAAAUUCAAAACAAUAUGGUUUGGAAUUCCCAAGAUGAUAACGAAUGUAUCUUAUCGAUACUAAAAUUAAGUUUCGAUCAUCUUUAUCCACCAUCUCUAAAAAGGUGUUUCACAUAUUGUGCAAUUUUCCCCAAAGAUUAUGCCAUGGAAAAGGAAGAACUAGUUCAACAUUGGAUGGCUGAAGGGUUCCUUCAACCAUCUCAGAAACAUUUUUCAAUGGAGGACGUCGGUUUUGAGUAUUUUGAUAUUUUAAUGGGGAAUUCCUUAUUCCAAGAUAUAGAAAGGGACAACUCUGGUGAUAUUAUAAGUUGCAAGAUGCAUGAUCUUGUACACGAUCCUGCUCUCUCAAUUUCAAGAUGGGAAACCUUGCAUCUAAAGGGCAUGGUUAGGGGUGACAUUAAUGGUAUGUCUCAUAUUCAACGUUUAUCUCUUAUAUCCAAUGAACAAAAAACACCAACAAUCCCAUUAUUUAGAGAUGACAUGGGUAGAUUGCGCACAAUUUUUUCCAUUCGUGCUAGUCUUGGCGAUAGGUUAUUGGACUUAAAAUGUGUACGUGGUCUAACUUUAGUUGGGCGAAAUGUAGGUGAGUUGCCCAAGUCAAUUGGUGAGUUUAGACAUUUGAGGUUUCUCCACAUCGAGAAAACCAACAUCAAAGAAUUACCUAUUUCUGUUACCAAGCUCUACAACUUACAAACUCUAAUAAUCAAGGACUGUCAUCUUCUCGAAGAGCUUCCAAAUGAUCUACGAAAUUUGACUAACUUGAGACAUAUUAACAUUAGCAAUGAGUACAUAAAACAACUGCCAGUCAAUAUGGGUAAGUUGACUUGCCUUCAAACACUGCCUUUCUUUGUCAUUGGUCAAGAUGAUGGUCAUCGAAUUGAAGAAGUGGGAUGCUUAAGCCAACUCAGAGGAGGAUUAAGUAUAUACAAUCUGGAGAAUGUGAGAGAUAAAGAAGAAGCCAAAACUGCAAAUUUAAUGGGAAAGACAGGAGUGUGCAAAUUGGGAUUCCAUUGGAGUAUUGAAAGAGUAGGAAACAAUAAUGAUGAAGAUGUACUGGAAGGCCUUCAACCUCACCAACAUUUGAAAUGCCUAGAAAUAGAAAAUUUCAGGGGUGAGAAGUUGCCUUCAUGGAUAUUGGCACGUGAUAUCUAUAGUGGUGGGUUUCUUUUGGGCCAUCUGAUGGAAAUUCGUCUAAAAAACUGUGACAAGUGCAACAAACUUCCUACACUUGGGCAUUUACCCCAUCUCAUGGUUCUUGAAAUAGAUGGAAUGGAUAACGUGACAUGCAUAGGAACAGAAUUUUACAUUAAUUAUAGUGGUGAGAGAUCAAGUAAUAGUGGAGGUGGUAGUGACAGAAAUGUGGUAUUCCCAGCUUUGAAAAAACUUGUUUUGAAGAAGUUGCCCAACCUAGUGGAAUGGAAGGACGCGUUGGAGUUGACAACAAUAGAAGCAGUGUUUCCUUGUCUUGAGAAGUUGACCAUUGAAUCAUGUGGCCAAUUGACAAGUGCUCCAUAUCAUUUUCUAACUCUUAAGAAGUUAAAGAUUUCUGGUAUCAAAAGCACGGCAUUCGAAAGGAUUAUCAGCAAGCUUUCCACACUUGCCUCCCUCAAAAUUGAGUAUAUUUUAGAACUUGUUUAUUUGCCAGAGCAAUUAUUCCAGAAUAAUAGGAGUUUGAUGUCAAUAUUCAUAGGGGAUUGUUUUGAUUUGGUGUCCAUCUCGCCGCAUCAAGAUGUAACCUCUCUCCAAUCAAUCAAAAUAAGAGAAUGUGAGAAAUUGAGUGAAUGGCCGAACGCACUGCGCACCUUUCCUUCUCUUGAGAGGUUUGAUGUAUUUUUUUGUCCUAAUUUGAGAUCCUUUCCAAGUCUACAAGGUGCGGGUUCCCGUCUCCGAAGUCUGAUGAUAUCGUGUGGUGACGAAGUUCUACCAACUGGGUUAGAAUCCUGCACGUCUCUUUCAGCAUUGAGUAUAGAGUGUCCAAAUCUGAUAUCAAUUCCAGAACUACCAGAAUUACAUUCUCUUACGAAGUUACAAAUUUGCGAAUGUUUUUAA